CGAGGGCGCGGCGCGCGAUGGCAGCCGCCUAGCCCGGCGGGCGCGGAGCAGCCCCGAGCUGUGGCUCGUCAGACGGGGCGGCUGGGCCGGGGACACGGGCGUCGCUGCAGCCCGGCUAGCAGAGAUGGGCACCGAGGCUGGCGAGGACAUCACCAUCUCCUUGCCGCCCUUCGCCUCCUCGCGCUUUUGCGCCUUCCUCGAAGGCGGCAGCUGCCGGAGGGGAGGAGCGGCGACGGCGACCACGACGGCCCUGGGUGAGCCGAGCCCGCUGCCGCCGCCGCCGCCACCGGGCAGCUUCUGGAAUGUGGAGAGCGCCGCCGCCGCUCCGGGCGCCACCGGCUGUCCGGCUGCCACCCCCGGGAGCAGCGCCACUCGGGGCCGGGGCAACUCCAGCAGCGGGGGGAGCCGCAGGACCACGGUGGCGUACGUGAUCAACGAGGCCAGCCAGGGGCAGCUGGUAGGGGCGGAGAGCGAGGCACUGCAGAGCCUGCGAGAGGCGUGCGACGCGGUGGGCGCCACCCUGGAGCCCCUGCAUUUUGGUAAACUGGACUUCGGGGAGACCGCGGUGCUGGAUCGUUUUUACAAUGCAGAUAUUGCGGUGGUAGAGAUGAGUGAUGCCUUCCGUCAGCCGUCCUUGUUUUACCAUCUUGGGGUGAGAGAAAGCUUCAGCAUGGCCAACAACAUCAUCCUCUACUGUGACACUAACUCAGACUCUCUGCAGUCCUUGAAGGAAAUCAUUUGCCACAAGAAUACUAUGUGCACCGGGAACUACACCUUUGUCCCUUACAUGGUGACUCCACAUAACAAAGUCUACUGCUGUGACAGCAGCUUCAUGAAAGGCCUGACGGAGCUUAUGCACCCCAACUUUGACCUGCUGCUGGGGCCCAUCUGCUUACCUCUCACGGACCGUUUCAUUCAGCUUUUGAAGGUGGCCCAAGCAAGUUCCAGCCAAUAUUUCCGGGAAUCUAUACUCAAUGAUAUCAGGAAAGCUCGGAAUCUGUACACUGGUAAAGAAUUGGCAGCUGAAUUGGCCAGGAUCCGGCAGCGAGUUGAUAACAUCGAAGUCUUAACAGCAGAUAUUGUCAUCAACCUGUUACUUUCCUACAGAGACAUCCAGGACUAUGAUUCCAUUGUGAAGUUGGUAGAGACUUUAGAAAAGCUGCCAACCUUCGAUUUGGCCUCCCACCAUCAUGUGAAGUUUCAUUAUGCAUUUGCUCUGAACAGGAGAAAUCUCCCUGGAGAUAGAGCAAAAGCUCUUGAUAUUAUGAUCCCCAUGGUGCAAAAUAAGGAUCAAGUUGCUUCAGAUAUGUAUUGCCUCCUUGGUCGAAUCUAUAAAGACAUGUUUUUGGACUCUAAUUUCACGGACACUGAAAGUAGGGACCAUGGAGCUUCUUGGUUCAAAAAGGCAUUUGAAUCUGAGCCAACACUACAGUCCGGAAUUAACUAUGCUGUUCUCCUCCUGGCAGCCGGGCACCAGUUUGAAUCUUCUUUUGAGCUUCGGAAAGUUGGGGUGAAGCUAAGUAGCCUUCUUGGUAAAAAAGGAAACUUGGAAAAUCUGCAGAGCUACUGGGAAGUUGGAUUUUUUCUGGGAGCCAGUGUCCUAGCCAAUGACCACCUAAGAGUCAUUCAAGCAUCAGAAAAGCUUUUCAAACUGAAGACACCAGCAUGGUACCUCAAGUCUAUUGUGGAGACAAUUUUGAUAUAUAAGCAUUUUGCAAAACUGACUACAGAACAGCCCGUGGCCAAACAGGAACUCGUGGACUUCUGGAUGGAUUUCCUGGUGGAGGCCACAAAAACAGAUGUGACUGUAGUUAGAUUUCCAGUAUUAAUAUUAGAACCAACCAAAAUUUAUCAGCCUUCUUACUUGUCUAUCAACAAUGAAGUGGAAGAAAAAACAAUAUCCAUUUGGCAUGUGCUUCCGGAUGACAAGAAAGGUAUACACGAGUGGGAUUUUAAUGCUUCCUCUGUGAGGGGAGUGAGUAUUUCUAAAUUUGAAGAACGAUGCUGUUUUCUUUAUGUGCUUCACAAUUCUGAUGAUUUCCAAAUCUACUUCUGUACAGAACUUCACUGUAAAAAGUUUUUUGAAAUGGUGAACACCAUCACGGAAGAAAAGGGGAGAAGCACAGAGGAAGGAGACUGUGAAGGUGACUCCCUGGAGUAUGACUAUGAAUAUGAUGAGAACGGUGACCGGGUUGUGUUAGGAAAAGGCACAUAUGGGAUCGUCUAUGCAGGUCGAGACUUGAGCAACCAGGUCAGGAUUGCUAUUAAGGAAAUCCCAGAGAGAGACAGCAGAUACUCUCAGCCCCUACAUGAAGAAAUAGCCUUGCAUAAGCAUCUGAAACACAAAAAUAUUGUCCAGUAUCUGGGCUCUUUGAGUGAGAAUGGCUUCAUUAAGAUCUUCAUGGAACAGGUCCCAGGAGGAAGUCUUUCUGCUCUCCUUCGUUCCAAAUGGGGCCCAUUAAAAGACAAUGAGCAAACAAUUGGCUUUUAUACAAAGCAAAUCCUGGAAGGAUUGAAAUACCUCCACGAUAAUCAAAUAGUGCACCGGGACAUAAAGGGUGAUAAUGUAUUGAUUAAUACCUAUAGUGGUGUUCUCAAAAUCUCUGACUUCGGGACAUCAAAGAGACUUGCUGGCAUAAACCCAUGUACUGAAACUUUUACUGGUACCCUUCAAUACAUGGCACCAGAGAUCAUUGAUAAAGGCCCGAGAGGCUAUGGGAAGGCGGCAGACAUUUGGUCUUUGGGCUGCACAAUCAUCGAAAUGGCCACAGGAAAACCACCCUUCUAUGAACUAGGAGAGCCGCAAGCAGCCAUGUUCAAGGUGGGGAUGUUUAAAGUUCACCCUGAAAUCCCUGAGUCCAUGUCUGCAGAGGCCAAGGCAUUCAUACUGAAGUGUUUUGAACCAGACCCUGACAAGAGAGCCUGUGCUAAUGACUUGCUUGUUGAUGAGUUCUUAAAAGUUUCCAGCAAAAAGAAAAAGACACAACCCAAGCUCUCAGUUCUUUCUACUGGAUCCAAUGAGUAUCUUAGGAGCAUCUCCUUGCCAGUCCCUGUCCUGGUGGAGGACACCAGCAGCAGCAGUGAGUACGGCUCAGUGUCACCCGACACGGAGUUGAAGGUGGACCCCUUCUCUUUCAAAACCAGAGCCAAGUCCUGUGGAGAAAAAGAUGUGAAAGGAAUACGAACGCUUUUUUUGGGCAUUCCUGAUGAAAAUUUUGAAGAUCACAGUGCCCCACCUUCCCCUGAGGAGAAAGACUCCGGCUUCUUUUUGCUGAGGAAGGACAGUGAACGACGAGCCACCCUUCACAGGAUCCUGACCGAAGACCAAGACAAAGUUGUACGAAACCUAAUGGAAUCUUUAGUCCAGGGAGCUGAAGAACCUAAACUAAAAUGGGAGCACAUCACAACCCUCAUCGCCAGCCUCAGAGAGUUUGUGAGGUCCACUGACCGAAAAAUCAUAGCCACUACGCUGUCGAAGCUGAAGUUAGAGCUGGAUUUCGACAGCCAUGGCAUCAGCCAAGUACAGGUGGUCCUCUUUGGCUUCCAAGAUGCUGUCAAUAAAGUGCUUCGGAAUCAUAACAUCAAGCCACACUGGAUGUUCGCCUUGGACAGCAUCAUCCGAAAGGCUGUGCAGACAGCUAUUACCAUUCUGGUUCCAGAACUGAGGCCACAUUUUAGCCUGGCAUCUGAGAGUGACACCGCUGAUCCGGAAGACUUGGAUGUAGAAGAUGACCAUGAGGAGCCACCUGCCAAUCAAACGGUCCGAAGACCUCAGGCCAUCAUUGAGGAUGCUGUGGCCACCUCGGGAGUGAGCACGCUCAGCUCCACUGUAUCCCACGAUUCCCAGAGUGCUCACCGAUCACUCAAUGUGCAGCUCGGAAGGAUGAAAAUUGAAACAAAUAGAUUACUGGAAGAAUUAGUUCGGAAAGAGAAAGAAUUACAAGCACUCCUUCAUCAAGCUAUUGAAGAAAAAAACCAAGAAAUUAGACACUUGAAACUUAAAUCUCAACCAAUAGAUAUUCCUGGAUUACCUGCAUGUCACCUAAAUUCUCCUGGCACCACCACUGAAGAUUCUGAACUUACUGCUUGGCUCAGAGAAAAUGGAGCUGAUGAAGAUACUAUUAGUCGGUUUUUGGCCGAGGAUUAUACACUAGAGGAUGUUCUCUACUAUGUGACACGUGAUGACUUAAAAUGCCUGAGACUAAGGGGAGGAAUGCUGUGUACCUUAUGGAAGGCCAUCAUUUACUUUCGAGACAAACACACUUGACUCUCACUCAAUUUAAUCUUCGUUGGAGAUUCUGAAAGUGAAUACAGAACUGGUGUUGGGGUAGGAAGAAUCGAAGUGAGAGGAGAAAGAAGCUGCACUUUAAAAUCAGUAUUUGUUUACACAUGUUAAACAACAACAACCAGAGAAACAUCCUGAAAUUUUCUGCUUCUGCUUCUACAAUUCUUAAGAACUUUUUU